UCCUUUAUAAAAUGAGUUGUAAUUUUUUAAGAGCGAGUAGAUGGACACAGUCAAAGUUGCAAUUGAUUUGAAAGGAAAUGGACAUUUUUGAGGAGAUGCCCGAGAGGGGAAAGACUUCAUUUUAAUCCCGUAUUCGCUUCACUGGUCUGGAACCUGAGCAGCUCUAUCGUCUAAGGUAAGAGGAAUUAAAUGUUUUUUUUUAAUGUUUAAUCUUAGCAUUCAAUGGAGAGAAUACCUAUGAAAGAGAAAGUGUGCAUAGGCUACUCAAAUCAUGCAUGAUUAACGCGCACACUCGCAGUGUGGAUUCAAUGAGGCCCAUAUUUAAAUAUAUCGUUAUAUGUAGGACAAAAAUAUUAAAUUACAUAACAAGUCAGCAUCACACAGAGAGCAACCUAAUUGGCACGAUAAGAUUGAAAAUAAAUUGAAUUGUGGAAACUUACGGACUCAAGGCGGCCGUCAGCUUCAGGCUGUGGUGACGGUUCGGGUAAAGAGGCAUCAGGUGGGACAGCCGUAGUGCUGGCCGCUGCAGGAGUGCUACAGCUGGCAAACACCGAAACACCAAAUGUUUCCUGUCCCAAAGACCGAGAAGAAGGCGUCGUACUCCAUCCGCUUGGUGGGCAUCCAGUCCUCAAAUACUGAAGUUCUACGGUACCGCCUGUUAAUGCUUCAGGGAGCUGAUGAAUCUAAGAUGGAUACUUUUGACGAUGCCACUCUAUCGGUGUUGGAGGCUGCCAGUGUUGAUGAGGAGGCUUUGAAAGGCCUUAGCCGGGAUGACCUGAGGGAUCUUUUUCCUGGCCCAGAGAAUUUCCUCAAAAGAAAGAAACUUUGGAAUUUCAUCAGUGAAAAUUGUGAAAAUACCACGGACCAAGAUGCCAACAAUUGUGCCAUGCCACCAUGCCAGCCUCAAACCUCAACCCCCAUAUCUGCUGAGAAAAAAAUGAAAAUGCCAGACCCUCCAGAGUAUGUGGUGUACACAGAUUCAGAGUUAGACAUGGUGCGUAGUCAAUACUUUGCACUGCUCUGCAAUGGAAAGGAAAAAAAUUACAAACUGUCCAAGGAGCUAUGUUGCAGACUUGUAAGGAACACAAUAACCAGUAUGGUUGCUAUCCUGCGUGCUAGUCCCAUGGGGAAAGAAGUCAGUUACCCGUCAAAAUUGGAAAUAAGAGCCAUGUCACAGAAGAUUAUAGACUAUUACCCAAUGUUACGGGAUGAUGAUCCAAACAUGCCUUAUCUGACUAUCUACACCAAAAUGUACAAGCGACUCCAAAAUAUGAGAUCCCCACGGAAGAGGCAAGGCUCUGUACCACAAAGAGGAGUGGCAAAGACAGCUCUCUUCAGUGCAGACAACCAAGACAUGGAGACGGAUUGGACAGACACAAGCAACUCAAGUGAUAAUACCUUACUUCUUGAGAGCAAUGAUGACCUUACCGAGGACAACUCCAGUGAAGCAUUCCCAGCACAUCGACCCCCCUCUGUGCCAAGGAAGCCAAAGACCAAAACCUUCCUGCUGCCAUCCGCAUCAGCCUCAGGCUCCUCACUCAGGACUGUGAUCGCUUCACCAACCACGCCUGCAAAGGAUGAUGUUGUCGGCCAGGACAGUCUGAAAAUGCAGGCUAGGCACUACAAAACCUUGAGCAACAUGUACAAUAAGCCAAAUGCAAAACCCAAUCAAAGUGAUGUUGCUCAAGUUUUAGACCUUGAGUUUAAGGCCAGACGGGCUUUCAUUGAUGCAGAUGUUACAAGGGAAGAAGACCGACCUGCAAAAAUCUUUGAGGCAUAUCCAUGCUUUAGAGAUGUUCGAAAUGCAAUGGAUGAGCUGCGGCGCAUAGUAGGUGGCACCAACAGCAGAUACAUCGAGGAAGUGAAAGGAAGAUGGGCAGACUUUUGUGCCAAGGUGCAGUUCUAUGGUGUGUGGAAGAAAGCCCUGAAACCCCCCUUUCCAUUGGAUGUCCGUGGAGUGGAGUUCACGCUUGCCCUCUUCAAUGCACUCCCAUCCCUUUUCCCCUCACCAACUUCACCACCAAAGAAGCUUGGAAAUAGCUGUGAGGCACUUCUUCAUGUCCUGAAGUCAGGCGAAGACCCUGCCCUGUACCUGGAAAAGCAUCCUCUCUCCUCCCCAGUUCUGCUUUCUGAUGGCUCAACCACCAUUGUGGCUGUGGGUAAUGUACCUGUGACCACCCUCCCUCAGGAAGAUUUCUCAGACGGGAUGUUGGUGUUAAUGGCAUAUUACUACACUUUGCACUUAAGAUAUCCAAAAUGUGUUGCAACGCUCCUGUCAGUUAUUCAAACAGAGGUAAUUGGUGACACAAUCCACGAUCAAGAUGCCACUAGUGCUUACAGGAAAGCAAUGGCUGAUUGGAAGUCUUUCAUUGAGAAGUAGCUGAGUAUUUUGUCAUGCCAGUUCUUAUUGUUAGCUGUGAGUUCUUAUUGUUAGCUGUGCCUAAUAAUAGUUUUGUGUUGCACAAGCUUAUACAGUCACUGAGUUAUUACCUCAUUUAGGCCUGUAUUUAAAAUGAUAGUUAAGGAAAAAUCCAUAACUGAGGGCUGAGAAGUGUUUUUGUUUUUUGCCCUUUUGCUUUUAAUUUCUUUUAUUUUUAUGGAAAAGUAUUCAAAUGUCUAUAGCAAACUUGACUUGCUGAUGUUAAAUAAAUGUUGUCUUAAGCCAUGUUA